UUGUGAUCGCGGUGCCUACUGUACGGUGGAGGAGCAAGUGGGAACCUUACACUGCAGAGCUCUCGUCCCGGCCUGGCCCGGCCCGGCCCCACGCUAUGGAGUUCCUUUGGGCCCCUCUCUUGGGUCUGUGCUGCAGUCUGGCUGCUGCUGACCGUCACAUCGUCUUCUGGAACAGUUCAAAUCCCAAGUUCCGGGAGGAGGACUACACCGUCCACGUGCGGCUGAACGACUACCUCGACAUCAUCUGCCCGCAUUACGAGGACGACUCCGUGGCGGAGGCUGCCAUGGAGCGGUACACACUGUACAUGGUGGAGCAGCCCGAGUAUGCGGCGUGCCAGCCCCAGUCCAAGGACCAGGUCCGUUGGAAGUGCAACCAGCCCAGUGCCAAGCAUGGCCCGGAGAAGCUAUCUGAGAAAUUCCAGCGCUUCACACCUUUUACCUUGGGCAAGGAGUUCAAGGAAGGGCACAGCUACUACUACAUCUCCAAACCUAUCUACCAUCAAGAAAACCAGUGCUUGAAGCUGAGGGUGACCGUCGAUGGCAAAAUCACUCAUAGCCCUCAUGCCCAUGCCAAUUCACAGGAGAAGAGAAUUCUAGCAGACGACCCGGAGGUUCAGGUUCUGCACAGCAUCGGUUACAGUGCUGCCCCCCGACUCUUCCCACUGGUCUGGGCUGUGCUGCUCCUGCCACUGCUGCUACUACAAACUCAGUGAAGGUGGAUGCUUCACCUGGCUUAAGGAUUGGAACUGGGCCACGGAGCAGGGAUAAGCACCCCAAAGCUCCAGCCCUGGGGAUCACUCCCACUACAUGCUCAAGCUGCCACCCUGAAGCCUCAGAAGGCUCAGGAUUAAGGGUUUCAACCCAAAGGAGUUCAACCAGCCUGACUGUGCCAUUCCUGCCUCCACUUCAGAGGGAUGGAGAAAGAAGAGGGGGCGGUCCUUUCCCUGCGAUUUUUACCUUUAAGCCAAAGAAACAAGCUGUGCGGGCCUGGACCAUUUAGAGGGCCCAGUGGGAGAUGAGCUGGGGGGCCUGAGGUCAUGCAGUUGGACACUAAGACGCCCUUCCAAGGAAACUCUGAUGUCCAGAUGAACUGACCGAAGGGAAAGCUUGAGACAGCUUCCUGCGUGGGAGCCAGGUACAGGAGAGGCUGCAUGCUUGGGCUGACCCAGCAUCUCUGCAAGAUUUCCACCUGCUGAGCUGCCAGAGAGGUUUGUAGCCAGGCACUGACUGCAUCCUCCCCGUCCUUCGGGCAGCAUUCCCUGGAGCUGUGCCAACACGAGGACUAUACUGAGAGUAUAGCUGUAAGGGCAGUGCCCACAUGUACCGUCUGUGUAGAAUGUAGCUGAAAGGGCAGGGCCCACAUGUACAGUGUCUGUAUAUAAAUGUGCUGUGUCUGCUCGUUUCUACAACUGGAGGUUUUUUUAUACAGUGUUCUUGGAUCAUAAUAAAGCAAUGUUUUUGGUUUUUUUGGA